AUGCAGAUAUCCUCCAUGCAAGGUCCGUCAGGCCCGAAACAGCUACUUGAAGAAGACAGUAUUGAUCCAUUCGAUGCUUUGCCAGUUGGAGGAGAUAGUCGAUACAAUGGCUAUGUUUUGAACCAAUUCAAAAUUGGGGCUCUCAAUUUCCGCUUGGUAGAAACCGGCAGAGGUCAACAUCCUCUGACCAAAAGAUGGAUGCCCCACACCGUGGCAGACCCUCUCCUCUUCCUCGCAACCCUCAAUUUCGCUGCGGCCCACCUUGAUAACAUCCAGGGAAGGCCUAGUAGUCCAAGGACAAUAGCCCAGAAGAUAGAGACAAUCCGUCUCAUUUAUUCGAGACUCCAAGGUUCUGUCGAUUCUGUGUCCGCUACCACGAUAGGCGCCGUGGCACUGCUUCCAGCAAUGGAGAUAAUAUGA